AUGCAAGCUGAUAAUAGUAAAUAUGCACACGACGAAUGCUGCGAAUUGCAAUUGAAGAUGUUCAAGAGAGAAAUGGAAAGCUCAAAAGACAUGGAAGCUUCCGAAAAGGACGGUAUCCUCACUGCAGUUCAACAUUUGUUGACGAUGCCAAUUGGCACAGUAAAGACAAUAGUAGCUUCUUUGGAUAAAGCCUUUUCCACUGAUGAAGCAGUUCCUGCUAAUGUUAGCGAUGUUGAACAAUGCAGCCGUCCUAAUGAACCAACAGUAGUCAUAUCAGCUCCCAGCAAACGUAAAAGACGCACAGCAAAGAAGAGAAAGAUGCUCUCUUAUUCGGACAUAGCAAAGGACUAUUUGGUAGCUUCUGGUGUUGCAGGAAAACGUCGCAAGUACAAAAAGUUCAGUCAUUGCCAAACUGGAGAUGCUUCUCAAUGGUAG